UGGGCUUUUCUGGCUGCAGCUCUUACCCCUGAGCAACUGGGAACUCUUGCCCCAGCUCCAGAGGAGACAUCAGAAAGUUGAACCAGCCCCGGUGCACACUAUCCACUUAGCUCACCUUCAGGGCUCCCUAGGGACCACUAAGACUUAGGAGCACUCAAGGGAUGCUUCUUGUCCCCCUCAGUGGCACGGGCCAGGCUGGAUUCCAAAUUCUGGCUCUGGAAAAUUCCAUAGCCUGAAUCCAGCCACACGGAGUGAGGCUAAUCCCUCCGCAUUUACUGUGUUAUGUAACGUUCGGGGUUAAUACUAGAGGCAGAUGGCUCACACCCUGCCCUGUGCCUGCCUGGCUUUGUGAGUGAGGGGACUCCCACCUGGCACCCGCAGGCGGGGCCCAGGGACCCAGAUCCUUAAAGUGCAGAAAUGUUUUAUUCAGGACGGGGUGUGGGGGCGGGGGUGUGAGGGGUGGGAUCAGGCGAGAGGUAGCCUGGGGUUCUGAAGUCCCUCGGCUCCUUGAUCUCUUCUGUCAGCCCCACCCAAAUUUCCAUCUCCAUCUUAAGGGUCAGUGCGUCUUAGGCCAUCAGACCUAGCGUCACGCACACGCCCACAUCUGCCCCUCCCUCAUCCUGGUUGCAAUGCCUUCCGUGGCGCCCCAUGCCACAGUGACUCAUUUGUGCCCAUAGACUCCCAGCCCUGCUUCUUCGGUCCAUAUAUCCCCAGACAUCCUUAGGCUGCCCUCUCUGAAUCCCGCUGAGCCUCGCCAGUGCUCAAGUUGAUGAAGCCCCACAGGUCGUUCCGUAGGGAGCAGCCAGAUGCGCUUGGUUCGCAGGUUGUGGGCCUCCCAUGUACUCCCAUGUGGGCACCUCUGCAAAGGAACUAGCCGAGUUCUCUGGACCUCAGUUCCCCGGGUGGGUGAACUGGGCGCUGUUAAAGUCCCAAGAGGUGCGAGGUUGGUAGCGCGGCAGAACUGAGCCAGGUAUCUAUUUGGCUGCCACUUGGCUCCAGAGCACCUGCCACUCGGCUUGGUGCUGGCGGGAUCCCACGGGCAUCCGGGCUCCGCCCCGCCCCGCCCCGCCCCGCCCCCACUCUCCAAUAAGACCCGCUCCUGCUGCUCGCGGGCUCACAGCGGCAGCGCUGCAGGCAGCACUGGCUUGCCCAGUUCCCGCGCGCGCGCUGCGCACCCAGGCCCACCCCGCGUCGAUGGAGCCCCGGUUGAGGCGGCGGCGAAGCCGCCAGCUAGUGGCCACCUUCCUGCGUGACCCGGGCUCAGGGCGCGUGUACCGGCGCGGGAAGCUGAUCGGCAAGGGCGCCUUCAGCCGCUGCUACAAGCUCACGGACAUGUCCACCAGCGCGGUGUUUGCUCUUAAGGUGGUGCCGAGGGGCGGAGCGGGGCGGCUGCGCCUGCGCGGGAAGGUGGAGCGUGAGAUCGCCCUGCACAGCCGCCUGCACCACCGCAACAUCGUGGCCUUCCACGCACACUUUGCUGACCGCGACCACGUGUAUAUGGUGCUGGAGUACUGUAGCCGCCAGUCCUUGGCUCAUGUACUGAAAGUGCGGCGGACCCUGACGGAGCCUGAAGUGCGCUACUACUUUCGGGGCCUGGUCAGUGGCCUCCGCUACCUGCACCAACAACGCAUCGUGCACAGGGACCUGAAACCCAGUAAUUUCUUCCUUAACAAGAACAUGGAAGUUAAGAUAGGUGACCUGGGGCUGGCUGCCCGUGUGGGGCCCGCUGGCCGCUGCCACAGGGUGCUCUGUGGGACUCCGAACUUCCAGGCUCCUGAAGUGGUGUCCCGAAAUGGACACUCGGCCAAGUCUGACAUCUGGGCCCUGGGGUGCAUUAUGUACACGGUGCUGACGGGCACGCCCCCCUUCGCUGCCGCACCCUUGUCCGAGAUGUACCAAAACAUCCGAGACGGUCACUACCUUGAGCCCACUCAGCUGUCACCCAGCGCCCGUAGCCUCAUUGCACGACUUCUGGCACCGGACCCUGAUGAGCGGCCCAGCCUGGACCACUUACUGCAAGAUGACUUUUUUAGUCAGGUUGUUCCGGAAGGUGGGCCAACUCCUGCUGACCCAGUGCCGGCCGCCCUGUGAGUAGCUGUCCCCUGGCUUGUCACGGCCUCUUUUCUGUCCCAUAUCAUGUCUGUCACCUGUUCCCUCCUCAUUUCCACUGGUCUCUCGAUUCUGUGGUCACUUCUCCAAGGCCAUGACACAGUGGAUGGGGGAGAGGGUGGGUAGAUGUCUGCAUCUCUGUCCCCCAAACCUGUGCCUCCCUCAGGUCCCUUUACCUCAAAAGAGGCCUCAGGCCCGGGAGAAGAGAGUACAGAACCUGACCACAUGGAGGCCAGCAACGAG